GCCCGGGCCUCCCCGCCGCUUUGCCAGCUACGGAUGAUCCCUGAGAAAACGGCCGUGCUGUUUGCUGAACUGGUUCUCCUGGCAGCCUCGUCUUGUGCCCGCGCCACAGCCAUGGCAUCCGUGCCCUCCGCCGGCUGCCUCAUGGCCAAAAACCAGUACUACAGAACUCGGCUGAAUUCAGAAUCCAGUGUUUCAUCAAGCAGUUCGUCCUGUUGUUCUGACCCUGUGAACUUCUCAGACCAAGAUAAAGUUCUUCAUGGGUUACCUGAAUUAUUUGAUAAAUGUUGGUGGAUAAAAAACUUCUUCCCCUGUGAGCCAGCUCCUCCAAAUGUGGGCAGAAAAACAUUAUCAGCCAGCAGUGCUAACAGUUGAUUGUGACUGCAAGCUGACUUUACCUGCAGUGAUAUUGCAUACACAGACUCAUUUUUCUAAAGGCUCAGGGUCUUCCAGAUGUCUGCAUUCAGCUGUUCGAAGAAAAUAAACUGCUUGAAACUACUUUUACAAGAGGAAAAGUACAAUUACAGAAAGAUUUUCCAGUAGCUUAAAUGGUUUUGCUUAAGGCAAGAGUUAUUUGUAUCUACCCUGUCUGCUACAGCAUUGUUAGUGUUUGAGAAGCACCUUGUAUAUUUUCAAAUGGAAGAUAACUGGAUAUGAUAUCCUAAUGAUUUGCUCAGAUUAUUGGAAGAAGUGACAGAACAAGUAAGAGGUGACUAAAACCAGAAAACUUUGUGUUGCAGAUAACUAUGCAGCCAGCUAUCUUGUUUUGUAGGUUUAAAGUUUAAUAGAUCAAUUGUGUGGACAUCAAAUCGAUGCAAGCUAGGUUAAAACGAAUGGAUUCCUUCAUAUACUACAUCUGAUGCGUUUCCAAGAGCCAGAUAUAGCAGUUACAUAUAACGUGGAGCAAAGCUUACAAAGCAGUUGUGUUAAUAGCUUUACUUGUAAAAAGUCCCAUUUAACAAAGUCACCUUAUACAACAGUCACUAGAUCUAUCCUUUUGUGCUGUUUGGUGGAUUUUGAGCUCAUCUGUGCAGGUGCAGUUCUCAUGCCACAUCUGUGUACUGUGGUUAUGAAGGCCUGCCAAAAUAUGUAAACUUCAUGGGCUGAUAUUUUAUAAGUAUGAGGGCAGCCAUGUUUCAUUUCAUUUAUACUUUUACCUAGUCUGCUAUAGAUUAAAGAGACACUUGUUUGCUCAUGACUAGUUUUUCCAAAGAUUAAUGGCUGCCUGCCAACUGCACAGCAGAUUGAACACCUUGCAUAGCCACAAUUCUGAUAUUAACCAAUUUUUGUGCUCAUACAAUAAUAAUACCUUUACACUUAUAUUUCUCAUUUAGUAUUUUUCAUUUAUAUUUUGUUUCUCUUUUUAGAAGCUCCCAAGCUGCUUAAAACUAUAUUAAUAAUAAUUGUUUCACUUCCUGUGGUGUGCAGUCUAGCAGCAGUACAGAUUAUACAGCAAUACAACCCAGCAUUGUAGUUUUUGGUAGAUGUGAUAGUUGAAAGCCCUUAGAUGGAAAAGAAAGUUGCAAGUAUUUGGCUCGCUGCUUCAUUUCAUGUUUUAGGACUGUUUUAUUGAACUUAUGAGGUACCAAGUCUAUUUGCUUACUCAAUAUAUCUGGCACAUUUAAUCCAGAAAGUGAGUAAGUACCAAUAUAUCCUUUUAAUAUAAAAUGUUUUAAAAUUGUGUGUUCUAUAUUACAGUAACAGUGCCAUACAUGUGCAUAAUGAUUUAGAUUAAAAAAAAAAAAGAGUUCCAGCCUCAGAAAGCUUACAAUGUAUGUCAAGAUAAAUGCAAGGAGGGUGAGAAGAAUGCAAAGACAACUGUGAAAAUACUGUGUUAGAACUCUGUAACUGUCUUUGUAUAGUUUAUACCUCUUUUUUGUUUAAAAUUAAUGUAAGUCUUGAUUUUAGAAUUGUCUUUAUUUAAGUAUAUGGAAUGAGCUACUCUAUUUUUAUACUCAGAAGGUUUUGUAUGAAUAAAUGUUUCAUUAUUCCAUA